AUGUUGGAAAGCUACUGCAAAGCUCAAGAACUUUUCGCUAGAUGCCGAGCACCGUGGAAAGACUGUUGCACCAGACUCCAUCAGACUCAAGCCAAAACUUCUCCUAAGAUCCCAGGCAUGCUGGUGAACAUAGGAAAAUACAGUGCGGUUUGUCGUCCAGCCACCGGCUUCUGCUGGGUCUUUAGCGCCACCUCGUGGCACAUAUUUAGCCUCGUGGUUCUCAAGCUCCUGGAAUUGCUGCUGUUCCUGCUGCUGCUGCUGCUGCUGCUGGUGCUUGUGGCUGCACCCACCUGUCGGAACCGGAGGACGGUGGUCGCGGUUUCCCUCUGGAGGGAGGAAGAGUUUCGCGAGAGCACACGGAAAAGGCCGGGCGCCAAGCAACGGCAGCGCAAAGCCAGAGCUCUAUUUGAGAAAAAUGCUGCCCCAAUUUUACACCUGUCUGGCAUGGAUGUGACGGUUGUCAAGACAGAUUAUGAGGGACAGGCCAAGAAGCUCUUGGAACUGAUGGAAAACACAGAUGUGAUCAUCGUUGCUGGAGGAGAUGGGACACUGCAGGAGAGCAAAGAAGACUUUAUGAACAUUUGCAUCGAGCCUGAUACUGUCAGCAAAGGAGAUUCCAUAUCCAUAGGGGAACUAAGGGCUCCUUCAGCAUCGACAGCAAGGAGUAUGAAGCCAUGCCUGUGGAGGUGACGCUGCUGCCCAGGAAACUGCAGUUCUUCUGUGACCCACGGAAGAGGGAGCAGAUGCUGCAGAGCAGACUAGCACAUAAACGGGGAGAACUA